AUGAAUCCUUUAAGUGGUCUUGUUAAUUACUCUGAUGAUGAAAACUCCAGCUCAACGUCUUCCGAUGAUGAACAACAAGGUAUUAUUCAAUCAGCAACAACAGAAGAUCUACCAAGAUCGGUUGAAUCAAAAGAUAAAACAGCCUCAGCGCCGCAGAGAAUAGAAAGCCGAGUUGGCGAUCACAAUAGACGAUUAAUAGCAGCGAUAGCACCGAAGCCCAUAGAGGGUGUAGAUAAUUGGGGUAUACCCGAUGAGACAACUGAGCCUUGCAGUCCAGGCCGCGUUGAACGGAUUGCUCAUUUUUUGUCCUUAAAAGCCUCAGGGCACCGACUCAAUCAUCAUCUGCAACGUAAUAAAGCAUUCCAUAACCCGCGUAUCUAUACCAAACUAGUUGAAUUUACAGAAGUCGAUGAAAUUGGGAGCAAUUUUGAUAAAAAUGAUUACGACCCGCAUGGGUUUCCUAAAGAAAUGUAUAUUGAUGGUAUCCUGGAAACGCAAAAAAACCUUGCUGAAGAAAAGGCAAUGCAACAACAAAAUAGAACUUCUGUAAAUUUUGUACCUCCUCAACAGCAACAACCAGCAAAAGCAACAACCAAUUUAACAGAACAACAAUCAGCAGCCAUGGCGCAAGCCAUGGAGGCGGCAGCAAGAGUAGCAAGCCGUAUUGCGAAACCCCCUCCAGUGAGUACAUUACCUACUGCAGCUGUCACUCCUGAGAAAAGAAGGAGCAAAUGGGAUGAUACAGGUAGAAGAGAUAAAAGAGGAUAA